CGUGCACUUCUCCACAGCGAGGGGACUCCGAGAAUAAACAAUUCCCACAGACUGCACGCUCCGCACCUCAGCUCAGCGCACAGACGCAGUUGGAUUUUUUUCGUGUGAGGGGGGGAAAAAAAGAGAAAGACAUCGAGGCAUUUUUUUUUCUUGGACUUACAUUUUGAAAUAUACAUUAAAAAAAACCUUGCCUCGCCAUUUCUGUUUCCUGCCAAACGUGUCGCGGGGCCGUUUUCAUUGGAUUUGCCGUCCUGCUGUCGACUGGGAGCGAUGCGCUCCGGCUCCGGCUGACUGGGGCGACGACGCAGGUGAUGUGGCAGGAGGGCAGGAGAGGAGCUGUGGCUAAGUUAAAAUGCCACUCAUUCCUGAAGAGUCCCUGGCCUCGUCAAGGUCCCAUAGGUCCUCCUUUCCUGUGAGAUUUCUAAACCUGGAAGACACAGCUGACAGAACCACGGCCAGGCUGUGCGACAGACAUCCCCGACAUCGACAACCAUGAAAUGUGUCAACAUCUCACCGGUGAAACCCUGCUGAUUCUUACCUUGCUAUUGACACAAGCCUGAAGCGGGGCCAUCUGCAGUCCUGAAGUUUAUAAAAAGGCACAAUGUCUGGGAGGCCAGCCGGUCCCACAUUGCCUCCGACCAUGGUUGCCGUUUCAACAAAUUGCUGAUUAUGCCCACUACAGAGGAGGAUCGCAUCCAGCCAGCGUUUCCUUCCUCCCCCCUGUAUACUCACCUGGUGCAAUAACCUGCGUUCCUUUUUGGUAUUUAAGAAGUACAUACCACCGUCAUCCAGAUGACCUAGACAACAUUUAUUUCCCAGUAGCAUUGCUGAGCUUUACGAGGGGAUCUGAUUAUUGAACAUGACUCAUGGGGAGGAGCCUGGCCCUGAGACACACAAGGAUUCAGCUGUACUAACUUAUCUGGAAGGUUUACUGAUGCAUCCAGUAGUGGCCGGGCCUGGGGCCACGGCGGGCGGGAGAUCCGAGGCUGCCCACAGCAGUCAGGAGCAGGGUGACAAGGUGGGCGGACCCUUUCAAAUACCCAACCAUGGCUCAACCGCAUCCAAGGCUGGAACCAAUGGGACCACUGUAGGUUCUUCACAACACUUGAAGAAGGCGCGCUUGUUGCGCUCUGGAGCUUGGAAUGAUCCAGGGAACGAGCGGAUUAAUUCCCCCAAGAUGGAGCUGAAUGGCCAAGUGGGAAGCCUACAAAAUGGAGCCCUCGAUGGAUCUUCUCAUGCUGGAGAAAGCACCCUGUUGGCCUCACUACUUCAGUCAUUCAGCUCACGCCUUCAGAAUGUGGCGAUGUCUCAGCACUCUAAUAAGCCCCCCAGUGAGUGUUCCUCUCCAUCCAAGGCACCACCCGCUGACAAAGAGCCACUACCUGUUUAUGGGACAGCCUCAAGUCGCUUGAAGGGUCUAAUGAGGAAGAAUAAACUUCAAAAUCACAACAAUACCCCUUACAGUCGCCGGGGUCACAAUCAGGACAGGCCCCCUGAGUCACCUCGUUCAGCACACAGCGCCACACCUCCUGCUGCUCCCACAGCUGCUGAGUCGGUGUCCUGUGCUGAGCGUUUGAAGGCCGUGGCCAACAUGGUGAAAAUCCGUUCUAGUCCAGCACAUUCACCCAAGCCUAGCGUGGCCUGCAGUCAGCUCGCUCUGCUGCUGUCCAGUGAAGCCCAUCUCCAGCAGUACUCCAGAGAGCAUGCACUCAAGGCCCAGCUCUCAGGAAGGUCUGCCAGCGAGAGACUCGCUGCCAUGGCAAGCCACCAGCAUGGCCAGGACAACAGGCCACCUAGUGUGGGAGGGACUCCCGACACACUGAGCUCCUUAACAACCCAAAACGGAAUAACAACAACAACCACAAUAACGGCAACACUCCCACAAACGGCCCUGUCCAGUCCACAGAGCCCCACUCUGCUGCGUGCCGCCAGCCAAAGCUCCCCACCCACACCCCCACACGCUCCAAGCCACACUCACAGCCAACCUCCCAGGGAGAAGCGAGGCUUUGACACACGUCCUGCCCGCCCGCCCCAAACAUGCAGCAGCUUGCUACUGCUGCUACUGAACAACCACAACAACCAGAAACAGCUGACCAAGAACGGGCACCUAGAGGACGUUGGUGGCAUUCUGCCACCGAGUGGCUCCUCUUCAGUCACGUCGGAUAGUGAAUGCUCCACCCAGGAGAGGAGCAUUGCCAAGGAUAGCAGUGAUGCAGAGAGCUCCUACUCCAGAUGUUCUCCCAUUGACCUCUCCAUGCGAGGCCGUGCCACCAUACAGGACACGGGGCGCAAACAUACACCCCCUUCUUCCUGCUCUUCUUCCAACCCUACCUUUUCUUCAUCUGCAACAGCUUAUUCCUCGACGGUGGCCGCAUUCUCUCGUCAAUCGUGUACCCAGCCAUCUGCCACAUCUUACACACCAUCUUCUAUUGCACUGUCUUCUGCUUCCAAUGCUAUUUCUUCAUCCUCCGCCUCUUCUAUUUCUACCUCCUCCCUGGACAAACUAACAGAAUCUUUAAUAAAUAAAUGGAAUCCAGAGCCAUCGGGAAUAAAUGUCUCCAAUAUCAAAGACCCUGAAAUGAGCCCAGACCAGAAAUCCCACCCUAAGGUCACACUCAUGCAGCUUCUUCUUGAGCGCAGAAAUAAUGAGAUGGUUAAUAAAAGCAUUGGUAAGCAGGAUUUACCUCUUGAUAUAACUAUGGCGGCCAUGUCUCACAGUCAGCCACAGGGGCAGAUGCCCUGGGAAGAGAACAGAGCAAAAAGCCCCAUAGAAAGGCCUGUAACCCCAGCCCAGUCGCUCUACUCCCUCAGCCAUGACCCAAGCAGCACACUAUCCCCAUUUUCCUACCCAUCUCCCCAUGUCCAGUCCAGCCCACUUGAUUUGUGUAAGUCUAAAAGCUUCCCUGCUGAGAAGGCUUCGGAGCCGGCCUUCAGUGCCAGUAAACUGUUACAGAAUCUGGCUCAGUGUGGCACCACCUCUCCACCCAUUCCCUCUGGUAAAGCACUGGGUCAGGAGCUUGAUGCCAGCAGGCCCCUUGCCUUGUUGGAAAAGCUCAAUACUCCAGUCCACAGGACCACCACUACCCCACUCUCAGAUGGCGCUUCAGGCAGCGGCACGCCAUUCACUAGGAAGGAUGCUUCUCCUUCGUCACAAAUUGAGAACCUCCUUGAGAGGCGGACAGUUCUGCAGCUCCUCCUAGGAACAAGCUCUGCUGCUGCUACGGCUGGCGGCAAAGACAGACCCAGUGGGAGUGGAAGGAGGAGUGUGGAAGUGGCAGGGGGAUGCUAUGAGAAGAGCCCCACUGCUUCCGUCAUCUGUGACAGCUCUAAUGGGCCCCAUUUGGAUGUAAAGGUCAAAUCAGAGCUCACAGAGGAGGUAGGACCAUCUUCUGCCAACUCUGAGGACUUGACAGGCAAAAAGAGACUGAGUGGCUAUGAAAAGAAUUGCCGUGUUUUAGAUUCCCAGCAGGACUUAAAAACAGAGCCACGGCCUGCAGAGGUCAUAGCAAAAUAUGGCCUCCUCAGCCAGCUACUUAAACAACAGACUGCUACCUAUUAUACUAGUGCUGCUUUGCAGGCAGAAUCACAGUCCAGACAGAUUAAAGAGGAGCAGAGGGAGUAUCCCAGCCCCAGUCCUAAGAGGAGACGUGUCUGCUCGGAGCAAACGGAUCAUUUGAAUAAUAUUGGCUCUCCAAGAGCAGUGGACAGUGGCAAAACAAACAUUUUUACCUCUUCUGCUGUUCAGGUAGAACCUGACCAGCAGAGGAGACUGAAGGAUGAAGACGUCCCACCGAGGAGUCCAUCAAGUGAAAGCCUAACUAGAGAGAGUCGGGGCUUCAAUGUGCUCAAACAGCUGCUACUCUCUGACAACUGUCUGAAGGAGCUAUCCCAGCAGCCACGGGGGACACCCAGUCCCUCAGUCCUGCAGGCUAAUGGCAAAGCUAACGGUAACAUUCUCAGUCAACCUGCCCAUAAUCACAACUUCCUCCAGCCCCCCAGCUGGCACCUGCACGGUUCCCUCAACUCAGGGCUUCCAAGUAAUCUAAGACCACUGCCCACCCCUCCUGCAGGUGACAGCCCCGUCCGCUCCCCAUGGAGCCGCCACCCAGCUCCAUGGCCUGUGACUCAAAAGCGAGAACCACCUACUUUAGUGAAACAGGAACCUGAGAGCCCUGUUCGGUGGAGUAAUCACGAGAAUGAAGAGGAGGAGGAGGGCUGUGACUCUAACCCGGACUCUCCACGGCUCUCGCGUUCCAACCCCAUCUUGUAUUAUAUGUUGCAGAAGGGCAGCAUUCAGCUGAGGAAGGAGGCAAGGGAUCAAGCGGAGGGAGCUCAGUCUGUGGUCAGAGUUAAAGAAGAGCCAAUCAAUGACAUGCAUGCGUAUGAACGCAGUCUGAGCUCCACUCCCCAGUCCCCAGCCCACAACGAGAAGCACAGCCAUGAGAGCCAGCGGCUGAGCCAGUCGUCCAAGUAGAGGUUUUAUCAACUACAGAAAAAUACACAACAGAGUCAAAUUCAUGAACUUUUCUUCUUUUUUUGCAAUAAUUUAAUUUUUAAAUGACUUGCCAAAUUGAUGAUUAAAAAUAGUUGUUUUUUUCUGUUUCAUUUGUUCUUUUGUUUAUUUUCCCCCUUUUUGAAUAGAGCAAGUUGAAAUUGAAAAGAAUAUUUGCAUUUUCGUCUCAGUUUUAGACAGUAAGGUCGUGGAAUGGUACAAAAGUGGUCUUUCUCUGCAGAUACCUUCUUGAUUACACCAAACCCUACAGAGGUUUCACAAGUAUAUUCCUUUCCAUCUGUGAUUAUCUUGCACUACAUUCAUUUUUAUAAUUAGGCAUUCUUGCCUGUUUUCAGUCCUUUUACACUUAAAUUUUGCAUCAGACUUCUACACAUAUCACUUUCCCAUGUCCUUUUUUGUUGCCUCAUAAAACAUUUAAGAGAUUUCAAGCAACAUUUAUAAUUGAUGAUUAAAAAAAAAACAUUAUUUAGUUCCUUCAUCAGUUCAUUUUCAGAUAGAGCCACAUAUCAGUUUUAGAUGAAAUUCUUAAUAGUCAUUCUCAGACGCUGCUCUUUUACAACAAUGUACAUUUAUAGAUUCAUUUAAAGGAGGACCUUGAAAAUUCACACUGGAAUACCUUUGGUGAUGAUCCUGCCAUGAUGAAUGCUUUGUCUUGCUUUUCCUUAAGAUUCAGGAUAUUGUAUAAUUGCCUGUGGUAAAAGAAUAUAUCAUUGGAAGGUUCAGAUGGCCACAACUCAUUAUGUUUCAUUUUUAUUUGAACUGAACCUGAAAGGCCAAUAUUUGACAGUGCACAUUCGGGUAAUAUGUUUGCAGACGGCAGUUUUGAGCAGAUGGGUCAACAGAGCGCGUGUGGUGCUUACAGUUGAACAACUGUGUGUAAACAGGUUUCUAGAGCAACAGAUAAAAGGCUGCAUUGUCUUACCAUUUUAUCUUGCCAUCCUGGUAAAAACCCACACCACUUUUCUACAUGCACACAAAAACUCUUGAGUGUGAAGCACAUGAUACAUUCUUUUCAUGUCACGUAAAAAGACUACCUGGAGUUUGCACUGUGGAAGUGGAGUCCUUGGUGUCCUUUUUUGGAAUAAUUUAAUGGCAUGUAAUGAAACAAUGUCAGUAUUGUUAUCCGUUGAGAAUUUAACAGUUUUUGUGUGUGUGUGUGCGUGCGUGCGUGUGUGUGUUUUUUUGUUUUUUUUUGUUCUGUUCUUUUAAAAUUUUAUUUUCUUUAUUAUUUCUUAACAAUUGUUGGUUAUGGGCAUCUUAUUUUUGUGGCAAUCUCUUAUUGAUAAAAUGUCAAAAUAAUUGCAUGAUAAUAAAGAGAAGACCACAGGUACUUCUUCGUUUUCGAUGCGGCUGGAUAUGUACUCCCCCACCCCCAACAAUUACCGAGACAUUUUUGUGUCUUGAGGGAUAUCCGGUAUCUAGCUUUUUAUUUUUUCGUACUGUAUUCUUUUCAGUUAAUUUCAUACUGCUUUAUCCAUUUAGUCUUGUGAUCUUUUUAACGCAUAUAUCUAUGAUGUAUGUCUCUUUGAUUAUUAAUACAUUUUCACAAUGGUUAAAUAUUUGUGUAAAUAGUACUUUCAGUAUGAAAGAUGACUAUUUUGUAAUGUUUAAAAAAAAGAUAUUACCCUAGUUUUUAAUGCCCUGAUGUGUAAAUAUGAAUUGUAUGCAUACAAGUGUACAUAAAAGGCAGAGGAUGCUAUGCCCAUCUUUUUUGGUUGGUUUGUUCUUUGCAUGUGUCUCUAUGUGGUAAAUGAUAAAAUAUCCUGCGCUGUGUUGUGUAAUAAUGUCUGACUCUCCUCACUGCUGCCUGUUGCAUGCAGACGCAUGGGAACUACCUGUGUAUCCCUACUGGUGAUG